AGUACAAGCAGGAAAAACCCCAAUAAAUAGUAGUGGAUUGAAUUCAAGGGUUUUUGAGCCUUUGCCUCCCCUUGACCUUGGUGGUGAGAGCUAAGCUGAGCUGAGCUGAGCUGAGCAGAUAGAGAGUUAGGGUCUCUAGAAGAAGAAGAAUGGAGGGGAUAACCGAGGGGGUGAACAACUUGAACAUCGCGGAUUCAUCAGCCUCCAACAACAAGAAGAACCGUAUCCAAGUUUCCAAUACCAAAAAACCCCUCUUCUUCUACGUUAAUUUCGCCAAGAGGUACAUGCAGCAACACAAUGAGGUGGAACUCUCUGCUCUUGGAAUGGCUAUUGCUACAGUUGUUACCAUUGCCGAGAUAUUGAAGAACAAUGGGCUUGCUGUUGAGAAAAAAAUCAUGACUUCUACGGUUGACAUGAGAGAGGAAUCAGGGGGACGACCAGUUCAAAAAGCAAAAAUUGAAAUUCUGCUAGGGAAGUCCGAGAAGUUUGAUGAGUUGAUGGCAGCUGCUGCCGAGGAAGUCUUAGAUAAUGAGGAGCAGAGCUAAGAUGAGAUGUUCCUUUACUUUUAGCUUGUGUUUACUUGAUUGUGGACACUUUUAACAGUUCUUUUCUUGUUUGGGUGUAAGGAAUGAAGCUUACUUACUGUCCUGUGACGAUAUUUUUAGGAAUUUUUGUAAAAUACAAUGGCCCUUUGUUACUCAAAAUUCAAAUUUGUUGCUAAUUCCUUUGCUUACAUGGUCGAACAUUUGAAACUUUUGCUCUUCAAGCUUAUAGAUUGAUUUCUGUCUAGAUAAUUUACGGAUUUUCAUUUAGUCUUCAGCUUAUUUUGAUACAAAAAUCGCCAUUCCCAGUACCGUUUAACGAGUGGCAAUGAAAUAUGGCCUUUAUUUCCUAGAGCUUCUCGUGUCAAAAACUGCGAAACUAGCUGCAGAUCCCAUCUAUCAUGUCAGGUUCAACCAAAUUCUUUGGAAUUGGCUGAGUGAAACCGUUGCAAAAGGCAUUUUUCGCGCCCACCAAUCAUUCCGGAGCUUAUUCUCACUCCAUCACCUAUUCUCCAUUUUAUUCCCCCGCUUAUACAGUUAUAAGUUUUCAAAAUACUCUGCCAGCAAGCAAAAAAUCUCGACCAUGCGCAUAUAUUUCUUCCGAGCCAAUUCAUACCACAGAGCAUCUUUUCUUGCAUGCAAUUUCCAUCCCAAUACUUGUCUCAAUUCCUUUGCCUGCCCUGUUUCUUUUGUUUCCACCCUAAUCUCUUCAGUUACUUCGAAAACCACAUGCAGCUGAUGAUUGAUCAGAGAACAAGCACAUCAAUAACAUUUUCUGAAAAGUCAUUUUCCGCAUAAUAAACAGUACCUUUCCAUAUCUUUGUGUUUUUUUUCCCCUUGUAACACUAAGGACGCAACAAAAUUUGUAAAGCCUAAGAACAUGCUAAUUACAAUCGCUUCAAAAUCGGCUUUUUAACACUUUUUAUUUAUUAUUUCCAAGACGAAAUAAGUCGAACAUAGAUAAAGAAGGAACGUAAGUAGAUGAAAGUGUUUUUUUAAGAAAGAAAAAAAGCCAUGGUGAUUGUGGCCACCGCUUUCAAGAUGCUUCUAAAUUUCCAUUGCAGUUUCCCUUCCAGGCAGUUAAA